AUGAGAGUGUGUUCAUUACAUUUUAAAAGGAGUGAUUUUACUAUACCAGGCGUUAUUACAAAAAAAAUGACUUUAAAAAAAACAUGUAUUCCAUCAUGUAAUUUGCCGAGCUCUGCUACAGUAUCAAAUCAAGCUGAAAAAAAUAAAGAGGCACGAUGUCAGCGUCGCAUAAAUCGGAGUUUAAAAAAGGAAGCCGUUAAAAAACAUGAAAACAUUAGUGAGGAUUCUAGUGUCGGAAAUUCGAAUAAUAUUUUACCUGAUAAAAGCGAUGAAGAUUGUUUUAUAAAUGAAAAUGUUGUUGAAAUAUCUUUAGAUAAAUCAUACAAUGAUGUUGGUGUUCAGGUGGAAACUUUAUUUAUAAAACCAUCAUUCAUGGAUUUUAUCAGGACAGAACAAGAUUUACGAACAGCAACAGGAAUUCAAUCCUAUGAAAUAUUGGAUAUGACCGUUGAACUUGUUAAUGAUAAUUAUGGUCAAACUAUGCACAAAACUCAAAUGAGCUUGAGAGACAAAAUAAUCAUGACCUAUGUUAAAUUAAAACAGAAUCUUUCGUACUCAUUUUUAGCAGUUAUUUUUAAUAAUUGUACACCGAGGCACUGUCAACGAAUUUUUUAUAAAACUUUGCAAAUGUUAAGUGAGACAUUAAGACCUAUGAUAUCUUGGCCAUCAAGGGAUGAAAUCUCUCGAAAUUUACCAAAAGUGUUCGAAGGAUUUGAAGAUGUGAGAAUUGUCGUAGAUUGCACGGAAAUUUUCAUACAAGCUCCAACUAAGUUAUGCUGUCAAGAAGUUGUUUAUUCGCAUUAUAAAUCAUCUCCAACGAUCAAGGUUAUGACCGGAGUAUCACCAGGAGGGACGAUAACAUUUAUAAGUAAACCGUUUGGAGGAAGAGCUACUGAUACUGAAAUAUUUUCGAAGAGUGAAUUAAUAAAUUUGUUAGAAGUUAAUGAUGGAGUAAUGUGUGAUCGAGGAUUUCUGAUAGACGAGCUUUGUGCUCGAAAAAGUUGGAAACUUAUUAGACCUCCUUUCCUAAAAGAUAAAAAACAAUUCUCCAAAAGUGAAGCAAUUCUUACCUCACAAAUAGCUAAAGCUCGAGUUCACAUAGAAAGAUCUAAUCAACGAAUCAAAGCCUUUGCGGUGGUUGGUGAAACAAUGUCGGUGAAACUGAAACGUCGAGAUUUUGAUUACGAUCAAUUACAAUGGGUUCAUGCCUUCCAACACUGA